AUGAAUGGAUUGGGAAAGUCCAACUUUCUAUCAGCAGUACAAUUGCAUCCGAUGAAACUACACACCUCAAGACCAUUAAGGCCUUAUCCCAUAUCAAAAAAACGUGUAAUACCUGCAGGAAUUGAGCUACCUGAUUGGGCAGUUGAUGAAAAAGCACCAUAUGAGGCCAAAGCUGCAAAAAGGAAGAUUGAUUAUGAGAAACUAAUGACAGCAUACAACAAGAAACAGGAUAGCAUUGCUGAUGAUGAUGAAGAAUCUGAAAAGUCAAAGUCUGAAGUAGAUGAGGAAAGUGGACAGGAAGGUGGUGAUGAUGAUGAAGAUGAUGAUUGUGAUCAAUGCUUUUUUUUUUCAGCAAAAUCUGUCUGA